AGCCAUUCGGGUCCAAGCUGCUUCGGAUCAAGGCAACAGGCCCCGAAGUGCUAAGCCUUUGGACUGGGGGAACGCCGCACACUACAACACUAGUCACACACAUCUCUCCGGGUACGCCCUGUACCUGUCCCAUUCUGUAUCAAACAGGCGCGUGGAAAUGUUGCAGUCGCUUGUCGAGGAUGUCGAGUCCACCUGGCGUUCCCAACACGGGACCAUCGCUUGUGCUGUCCCCGCCGUGUUAAUUUUGUUUGUUCUGGGCGACCCUGUUGCCGCUGCCCUGCGCGGAAUGAGGGCGACUGGGUUGCAGAACGAGUUCAUGAUAUUGACCGCGCUGGCCCUGGCCUAUUCCGUUGGAAUGACCACUGCAGGAGAGCGGGCCCGCAGUGCUUCGAAAGCGCGUGCGGUUGCACCGAGCAAGGUUUUGCCAGAGAGGUGCCAAGCCAAGCGGCCGGUCCAGAGCAUGGCACGCUUGUCGUCGCAGGUUCCGCGGGCAAGUGCCCCCGUCUUGAAGACGCAUUCGGACGCAGGGAGGUCGGUGCAACAGACGAGCGGGGCCCGCAGUCUGUCGCAUUCCGCAAGGCUGGACCCAGAAGGGGCCGACACCGAUGUGCUCGAGCGAGCGAAGAGCGAGGGCGUCGCUCCAAACGCUCAGGCAUGGUCACUGGUCGUGGGGGCCUGCGUCAGGCUGGAGAACAGCGGCGUGGCGCUGGAGCUGCUCGAGCAGAUGCUGGCGCAGGGCGCCCACCACGAAGCCGAACUGAGGAACAGCAGCACCGUCGGCAAGUUCUUCAGACUCGUGGUGGAGCAUCUCGACGAGCAGCGCAUGAGAGAGAUAGGCGUCCAGCUCCUCGACGUGAUCCAGGCUCACGGACUGGCGCCCACGGCCAUCGUCCAGAACCGGCUCAUCUGCGCGUGGAAGAGCAAACCGCCAGACGAAGUCCUACGGGCCCUCGUGGGGCUCAGAGACCGGGGCGUGCGUCUCACCCCGACGGCCUACCGCUGCAUCAUGUUCGCCAACGAGCGGGCCAGGCCAGAGUUCACGCUGCAGCUCUACGAGGAGAUGGUAGAGCGCGGGGUCAAGUUCGACAGGGUGUCGUUCAACGCCGCGCUGUGCGCCUGCGCCGUCCUGGGCCUGACGGGCAAGGCCCUGGAGCUCUUCGACAGGAUGCAAGAGCACGGACCGAGCGGGGCACGGCAGACUAGGGGCAUGGCUGCCAUCGACGACUCGAUUCGCCAGACCGACGCGACGGCGGCCAGACCGUUGCAGCUCGAGCCGGAGCUCGCCACGGCCACCACACAGAUGCCCACGCUGGAACAGAAAAUGGAGACCGAGUACGAGGAAUGCAUGACUGCUGUCAACGCUCUGAAGGAGGACUGGGCGACGCGCGAUGGCUUGCCCGAUGACAUGACGCUCACCAACGCGGACGACGUUAUCGACCUCAUCAAGGCUGGAAGUACGGCGGUGCUACAGCUAGACGUGUUCUUUUAUCAACAUGAUCUCCACACCAUUAACACUGGAGUGACUCCACCAGAGUACAAUGACACUUUCCUCGCUCUCCUGCCGAAGGGCGCGCCGGAGGCCGACCCGCGCGAGGCGGGCGUGCCCCCCUGCCAGAACACCUUCGUGUACCUGAGCAGGGCGUGCCAGAAGCGCGGCUGGACCGAGAUUGCCAGCCAGAUCGAUCGGGACGGCGUCGACGGUAGGUCCACGGAGGCUUCUUCCUCGUCCUCGGCCUUGUCCUCCACCUCGGCCUAGCUGCUGGAGCCUCCGCCCGGGCUGGAGGAGGUGCCCGGAGACGCUCAGCGGACCCCCCAGGCGCUGCCCUCGGGCCCGUGACGCGCUGGGCGCGGGCGCCCCGGGCAGGAGGCUGAGAGGAGGCCGCGGCAGAGGGGCCUUCGCAGGCGAACUUGCCGAGCGGCCGCCGCGGGCCGCGAGCGGGGCCCUCCGCUCGAAGCAGAGUUGCCUUCCGCUCGCGCGUUGCAGCCCGCCCUUGCGCGCCCAGUGCCGCCGCAUCUUGCGGCAAGCAUGCUCUCCGGGGAACCAACACAAUGGCAUGAACAGAAAUUUCCGGAGGUCCGCGCGGAUGUUCGAGACCGGCGGUAGCCCCCCAGCGCCGUCUCUGGCGCCGACCUUGACACGUUCCGCGCGCCAAGGAGAAGGGUCCACCGCCGAUCCAAGAAAUCCGCGCGGACCUGAGAAAUGUGAUGUGUAUGUCAUCGCUUGUUCCCCCAAAUCACACCGACGGCAGCGAUGGGUAAUCUUCCCAAGGGUACCCCAACAUCCUUGCCCCUCUGGUCCGCCC